AUGGCUCUCUCGUCGGUGUCGCCGUCCCCGUCGGCGGAUUCUGCCUCCGCUGCCCCCGGGGAGGUUCCGGAGCGCUCUCUUUCCUCUGUGCUGUCUUCUGCGACCUCCUACACUGCGCUGAAUCGCCAGAGGAGGUCGGAAGCAGCCUCCAGACCUCCACUCGCCGCGUACGAAGCAUGUAACUACUUCCUGCCGUUCGCUGCGGUUUCGGCCGCGUGCGCACCGCACCAACGGUACGAAGUCGCACACCCGGCGGCCUCAUCUCCUGGUGACUCGGCCGCGCCCGUCGCUUCCUCGGCGUCGCUGUCUCUCGCCGCUCAGGCCGCGUUCUCCGCUGCACCGUGCUGCGACUGCCCGCGGGGCGUCGCUGGCGACUGCCGGCGUCUGCGCGCGUGGGAGCGCAUGGCGCGCGUCGACGCAGUCCAGGUGCCCGGCUUAUACGAGAAGAUCGUUGCGAUGAUGGAGAAGAAAGUCCGCGUCCUCGCCCACGCCCAGGGCGACACGGCGGCGGAGACAGGCGAGGCGGCGGAGACCGCCGCGGCCGCGACGCCAGCGAGCCGAGAGAAGGCCAUGGAAGGCGCGCGGGAGCGCCUGCACACCGCAGAGGAGGGCGACGCGACGUCGCGGCGAACGGCCGAGGGAGGCGCGGAGAGGCGUUGCGGAAAGCAGACGGCGUGCGACGAGGAAGAAGACGAACAAGAUGCGUUCUGGGAGGUUGAAGGGAGAGGCGAAGGUGCGCGAGGGAGAUCGCAGAGAAGAGAUAGAGAGGGCGACGGAGAGAGGGCACACGCAGGCCAGAGACCAGGGAAGACACGCGAGACGCCAGACGCGAAUGCAGGAGGAGAAGGAAGGGCGAAGGCAGGGAAAAAGGACGCCGCGGAGACAAGCGUGUGCGAGCUGCUGCUGGGAUCGACAGUCUACAACGCCAUCGAGAUGGACGUUCACCGCACGUUCCCGUCCCUGCCUUUCUUCAAAGAAGAAGGGCAGACUGUCAUGAGGCGCGUGCUUCAGGCGUAUGCCGUCUUCGAUCCUGAAGUUGGGUACGUCCAGGGGAUGAACUUUGUGGUGGGCGCGCUACUGCACCACAGCAACACGUGUAUCCACUGGAACAGCAACGCGAGCGCGGGCGGCGUGAUGAGUCUGUUGUUAAGUUCGACUUCCGACGACGCUCUGUCUUCGCCGCGCACGAGUUUCCUCCGCGCGUCGCUGGCUGAGAGUCAAGGCGAAAACGAAGGUCUCCUUUUUUGCAUCCGCACGCGCGAGGGUCGCGUCUUUUGGCUGCUCGUCUCCAUGUUCUACCUCUACGACAUGCGCAGAAUGUUCCUGCCGGCGCUACCCGGCGUCUUCGAAAAAUGUGACAGACUCGAACGCAUGAUGCAGAUCGUCCUUCCCGACCUCGUCGCGCAUCUGCAUAACGCGGGCGUCUCGCUGCCGCUUCUCACGUCGGACUGGCUCCUGACGCUCUUCUCCUACAGCGUGCCCCUGAGUGUGUGCACCACCGUCUGGACCAAGUUCUUUGAGGAGGGCUGGGUGUUCAUCUACAAGCUCGUCAUUGCGCGCUUCAAACGCGUCAAGCGGCAAAUGUGCAACCAGACAGACCUAGUCGAACUCGUCAAAACCGCAAAGUACGCAGCUCCUCAGAGCGCGCUGGCUGCCGUAGGGGAGUCCGUCGUGAACUGGAUGCUUCCGAACCCGCACGGCGGCUCGGACGGCGGCCGCCGCGCCGCCAACAGCGACUCCUCUGCGCGCUCCUACUUGACCUCGCUCGGCUUGCUGCUGCAGCAGCAGCUCCAGCAGCAAGGCACGCCCCAGGAUCUGCCUUCUGGCCUUUCCUAUAUCUCGAACGAUCCCAACGCGAGCGGAUCGAAGACGAUGUGGCGCGACAUCAUCGACGAUGCAACCGACCUGAACGUCGACGGGCGACUCUUUCUUCAGAUCGAACUGGAGAUGCUUGACAAGCAGCGCGUGACCAGCCGCGAGCAGCGAGGCGUCGGGGAGCCGUCGGCCGCGAUGCAGGACGCAGUCGACGCCCGUCUGCGCGCCAUGGAGGUCUCGGGGGCGAGCGCCGAUGAAGAAAAGCCGACGGAGGCGAGGCAGGGCGCAGAAGAGCUCCGGUCUCUGGGCCAUGUCGGCGCACCGAGUGCGACUCAGAGACGCUGCUGCGAGACUUUGACGCGUGGAGGAAGUCCGUCGAAAGCCACGGAGGCCGAGUCUCCUACGCGGAAGAAGACGGUUGGCUUGUGGCGCCCAAGAGCUGCAGAGAAACGCAACGAGGAGGGCAGCGCGGGCGACCGCGCGGAGACAGCGGGCGCCAGCCAGGCGACUGGCCACGAGCGUGAGGCUCCAGACGGAGACACCCAGACAGAGGGCGGAAGGCCCCGCGCCGAGGACGCGGCAGGGCCAAGAGAGACGUCAGCCGAAGCGACCGCUCGCCAGCAGGACGGAGAAGAUGAGCGAGAGGGACAGCGGGAAGAAGCUUCACUUUCUACCUCCGCGGCUCAGGCGGAUGGGAAUGAAGAAGCAUCGCGUGACACGACGACGGCCCGCGGCCUGACCGCGCCUUCGAACGGCGUGCCUGUGUGUGUCCGCAACGCGGCGAGCGAGAGCAACGGCGCCAGCUUCCCUCCCGAGAAGGAGGAUUCGACGCGUCCUCCCUCGCUGACUCAGCCGCCUUCUCUCCAGACCAGCGAAGGCGUAGCUCAGCAGCGAGCUCCUUCUUGCCCAAAAGAUGCGCCUGAGCAGCUGCAGAAGUCCGCGUCUCCUCCCCCGCGCUCUCCUCCGCCCCCCGCGCGUUCCAUGGAAGGCCCCGACGCGGAUUCGAAGGACAGCGGCCACCUCGUUUGCUCGCCGCUUCUUCAGAUGGACAGGUGCUUGGCUCUCUUGCGGCAGUUCAGCGAAGAGGACGUGAUUGCGGAGACUGAGGAAGUCUGCGCAGAGUGCUUUGCGCACCAGAAACUGCUUUUCCACGUCGCUGAGCAGCGGCAGCACCUCCAGCAGCUCGCUCUCGAGGCGCUAAAAAAACCGAAACAGGUCCCCGACACUCUGCGACACUGGACAGCGCGAGGCGCGGAGGCGUACGACGAAUAA